AUGACACUUCUCAGAUCUUGGACUGAAGCCUGGCUCAAGUACGUCAGGUGGUAUUACGCUACUGCUUUAUCCCCAUAUGUUUCCAUCGAGGAUUUUUUCCAAGCUCCUGUUGUUACUACUCGCUCUUUCCAGCGAGGAGUGAGAACCUCUUUGAUGCUGAGGUUGCGGCUCAUCGAGAACUGUUGCGGGGAGACCAUAGCUGAGGCUGGGCUUGAUCCUAAACCUCUAACUAUCCUAGGUUCUAGGGAGAAUCCAAGACCAGUAGAAGUAGACCCUGCCGUCGUGGUUGAUCCGGUUCACUAA